GGCGGCGUGGGGCGGGCAGGGGCUGAGGGAGGUGGGAUCCGGCCCCCUCCCCCCUGCUCCCCGGCGUGCGCUGUGCCCCCAGCCUUCUGCCAGCCUGGAAAUGGCUCCGUGUGUUCUCCUCGGGAGAAUGAAUCGAUCCUGCCCAUCCUUCUCUUCCUCCUCCCCGCCUCCUCUCUGCUCCCAGUCUUAAGAGGGGGGAAAAAAUUAAAAGACAGAUUCCAAUGUGGAGCGCCGUGCACGUCGCGAGCCGCUGGGUUUGCACUUCGAAGAGAUUUUUCUACAUAGCUUUUUCUAAUGACUCCGUGAAGCUGGAUUCUGCAUUUCCCGAUUCAUAGACUCAUUUUGUGGAAUAGAGUUGACCGCCGUCUCCUCCGCGCAGCAUUUUAACUCUAAUAAGCAAAUGCCACCUCUGUUUGAACAUUUUGGUAUUUCCCAGAGAGAAAUCAUUUUACCUAAGGGAACUAACUGAAUUUUCAGCACCACUGAAAUACCUCCACAAAAGGACCUCGGGGGGUGGAAAAGUAACUGCGAAAUAACAGACGGAGAAAUUCCUUUGGAGUUAUUCCGUAGCAUAAAAGCAGAAACUUCCGAGCAAGUUUUCACUGGGCAAAAUGGGGGAACAACCCAUCUUCAGCACUCGAGCUCAUGUCUUCCAGAUCGACCCAAACACAAAGAAGAACUGGGUACCCACCAGCAAGCAUGCAGUUACUGUGUCUUAUUUCUAUGACAGCACAAGAAACGUGUAUAGGAUAAUCAGUUUAGAUGGCUCAAAGGCAAUAAUUAACAGCACUAUCACCCCAAACAUGACAUUUACUAAAACAUCUCAGAAGUUUGGCCAGUGGGCUGAUAGCAGGGCAAACACUGUUUAUGGACUGGGGUUCUCCUCUGAGCAUCAUCUUUCGAAAUUUGCAGAAAAGUUUCAGGAAUUUAAAGAAGCUGCUCGACUAGCCAAGGAGAAAUCACAAGAAAAGAUGGAACUUACCAGUACACCUUCACAGGAAUCAGCAGGAGGGGAUCUUCAGUCUCCUUUAACACCAGAAAGUAUCAAUGGGACAGAUGAUGAAAGAACACCUGAUGUGACCCAGAACUCAGAGCCAAGGCCUGAACCAACUCAGAAUGCAUUGCCAUUUUCACAUAGUUCAGCAAUCAGCAAACAUUGGGAGGCUGAACUGGCUACCCUCAAAGGAAAUAAUGCCAAACUCACUGCAGCCCUGUUGGAGUCCACUGCCAAUGUGAAACAAUGGAAACAGCAACUUGCUGCAUAUCAAGAGGAAGCAGAACGUCUGCACAAACGGGUUACUGAGCUUGAAUGUGUUAGUAGUCAAGCAAAUGCGGUGCAUACCCAUAAGACAGAAUUAAAUCAGACAAUACAAGAAUUGGAAGAGACACUGAAAGUGAAGGAAGAGGAAAUAGAAAGAUUAAAACAAGAAAUUGAUAAUGCCAGAGAACUACAAGAACAGAGGGACUCUUUGACUCAGAAACUACAGGAAGUAGAAAUUCGGAACAAAGACCUGGAGGGACAACUGUCUGACUUGGAGCAACGUCUGGAGAAAAGUCAGAAUGAACAAGAAGCUUUUCGCAAUAACCUGAAGACACUGUUAGAAAUUCUUGAUGGAAAAAUCUUUGAACUAACAGAAUUACGAGAUAACUUGGCCAAGCUACUAGAACGCAGCUAAGGAAAGUUAAAUUUCAGUGCCAAUUGAUUAAAAAAUAUACUGUCUCUCUUCAUAGGACUGUUUGGGCUCUGCAUCAAGAUUGCACAAAAAAUUUGAAUAUCCCUUGUCCAGGAGGAGGAUCUUUUGAAAAUUGGGAUUGUAUAUUUCAGUGUAAAUUUUAGAGUUCAGCUUCUAGCUAGUUGGGGAAAAAGAGAUGAAAAACUUGAACUACAGAUUACCUCCAUGUAUAUUAUUGGCCAUAGUUAACUAGAAAGUUAUAAACAGACACUUAAUGCAAUCUUUUUUUCUGAUAUUAGCCAAUGGGAGAAUUAACAAAUGUCUGGGUCACAUCCCCUUUUUGUGUUCAACACAGUGAAGGUUAUCUGCUUUUUAAAUUAAUUUAUUUAUGAUAUCUAAAGCUGUGUUUUGUGCAAAAACUUAGUGAUGAAAGCCCUGUCUUUUGUUGUAAUCUGAAUAAUUUCUCAGGAUAUUUUUGCACUGCUGGCAGCAGUGCCAUUACCAAUUAAUUCUUGCCAGGAGUGAGAGUGAGCUGCAUCUUUAAUUGAAACAUACUUACUAUAACUGGGUGUAUAGAGUUCUUCCCUUUUUUUAUACUGGAAGAUAUUUCACUCUGGUGACCACUCUGGUACACUCUGGUGUUCUCUAAUCUUGUCUGCUGUAUAGUUUACUUUUCCAUAUUGAUUCCAUGUAUUUAUGAGAAGAUAUUGUCUCCCAUUUUAUUACACAUUUUAAAGCCAACUAAUGAAGGCAGCUGAGUCCCUCCAAAAUUUUUCUUUUUAAAUUUCUAAUAAAUUUGACACACAGUACUGAAAUACAGCAGCCCGUCACUGGCGGUCUGGUCUAGCAAUGUUAAGUAUAUUUACAGAAUAUGCAGUUACAUUUAUUUAUAUAUUUUGCAAGAAAUCUUUUCUGAAUGAUUAAUGCAUUUCAAUUUACAAAUAAUAAUGGUUGUUGGGAAACUGUUUAUUAUAGAUCAUUUUAAGGUGUAUAGCUAUUUUAAAGGCGAUCCAUUUCCAUCAAGCAACCAAUCAGAGGACUAUUGGGAUUGGAGCCGUGUACUCUGUCUGGGUCUUCACAUCAACCACGUCUCUAGUCAAUCCUCACAAGGCAAUAUUCUAAACUGUUAACUAGGCAUUUCAAAACAGGAAUUCAAUUCAGCGGGCUCUUCUCAGUGAGUGAACAGGAUUUAGUGUUGUUUUGAGGUAAUUUUAAAGGACUUUUAGCAAACAUGCGUUUCUUUAUAUAUUUCUUUUAAGAAACUGUUUUAAAAGUAAGUCAAAUGCUGUCUAGUCUGCUUAUGGAGUAGGAACUGCAUCAGAGUCCAUAUAUUCUUGCUGUCCAAUGCUUGUGAUGUUGAGGAGGGUUCUUAUUUAAAGUGUAUGCUUGAGUAUCUGACUCCAUGGAGUUUACAAAUGCACUGACUUUUUGUUUGUACCCCAAAACAGUUGAAUUGUUAAGUACAGAAUUAAGCUGGUUAAUCAAUUUGUAACCAUUUUUUCACUCACAAACAGCUAAUCAACACUAGACAAUUUUGUUUUAUAUAUGUAUGUGUAUGUAUGUAAAUGCAUACAUAUUAAUUUAUAGUAGAGUGAAAAAUAAAUGGUUUGUUUCUAAAGUUAGUUUCUAAAGUGAGUUUUCAGGUGUCUCUGAAAAGUUUAUAUCAGACACUUAAUCAUCUUGUAUUAUAUGUGCUAUAAUAUCAUGUCAGUUACCUCCAUCUAUUUUAGGGUAUUUUCCUCACCUGUUUAUAAUAGGGAGGAUAAUUAAGGUACACAAGCUCAGAGCUAUUUCUCUGAUAAAUCAGGUAAUAAAAUUUUAUUUGAUUGAUGGAAUUUUGAAGUAGAUGUGAUUUUAUCCAUCAGUUUCUGAGUAACAGAGCACCAGAUUUUAAUUUAAAUAGGGGAUUUAACACUAGGGAUCAGGAAAUUUGGUUAUGAAGAGUUAAAAUUU